CUACCCUGUGGACGACCUCGCCGCCACGUCGGUGACCAUCUUCCCCAAUGGCGACCUGGGAGGCCCCUUUGACCAGAUGAACGGAGUGGCUGGAGGACUGGGAUCCUGGCCUGGGGAGUGUGCCCUUGUGAAUGAGAGCAAGAAGGGAGAGCUUGGCCAGCGGUCUCAUAUCUCCACCUCCAAUCUGCCCUUUCCCUUCCCAGAUGGCAUGAUCAACAUUGACAUGACUGGGGAGAAGAGGUCCUUGGAGCUCCCAUAUCCCAGCAGCUUCGCUCCCGUCUCUGCACCUAGAAACCAGACCUUCACUUACAUGGGCAAGUUCUCCAUUGACCCUCAGUACUCUGGUGCUAGCUGCUAUCCAGAAGGCAUCAUCAAUAUUGUGAGUGCCGGCAUCCUGCAAGGGGUCACCUCCCCAGCUUCAACCACAGCUUCUUCCAGUGUCACCUCUGCCUCCCCCAACCCACUGGCUGCAGGACCCCUGGGUGUGUGCACCAUGUCCCAGAGCCAGCCUGACCUGGACCACCUGUACUCUCCACCGCCACCACCACCUCCGUAUUCUGGCUGUGCUGGAGACCUCUACCAGGACCCCUCGGCGUUCCUGUCGGCAGCCACCACCUCCAACUCCUCUCCUCUGGCCUACCCACCACCUCCUUCCUACCCGUCCCCCAAACCAGCCACGGACCCCGGUCUCUUUCCUAUGAUCCCGGACUACCCUGGAUUUUUCCCAUCUCAAUGCCAGAGAGACCUACACAGUGCAGCUGGUCCAGAUCGCAAGCCCUUUCCAUGUCCCUUGGACUCUCUUCGAGUCCCCCCUCCACUAACACCCCUCUCCACCAUCCGAAACUUUACCUUGGGGGGGCCCAGUGCUGGGGCCACAGGGCCAGGGAGCAAUGGAGGCAGUGAGGGACCCCGGAUGCCUGGCAGCAGCUCAGUGGCGAUAGCUGCCGCUACAGCUGCCUAUAACCCACACCAUCUGCCACUUCGGCCAAUCCUGAGGCCUCGCAAGUACCCCAACAGGCCCAGCAAGACCCCAGUGCAUGAGAGGCCCUACCCGUGCCCAGCAGAGGGAUGUGACCGGCGCUUCUCCCGCUCAGAUGAGUUGACCAGGCACAUCCGAAUUCACACUGGCCACAAGCCCUUCCAGUGUCGGAUCUGCAUGCGCAACUUCAGCCGCAGCGAUCACCUCACCACCCACAUCCGCACGCACACGGGGGAGAAGCCCUUUGCCUGUGACUACUGCGGCCGCAAAUUUGCCCGGAGCGACGAGCGGAAGCGCCACACUAAAAUCCAUUUGAGGCAGAAGGAGAGGAAGAGCAGUGCACCCUCAUCUUCGGUGCAGGCCUCGUCCACAGCUUGCACUGGGGGCACACAGGCUGGGGCGGCCCUGUGCAGCGGCAACAGCAGCACUGUUGGGGCGCCGCUUGCCCCUUGCUCCUCUCGGACCAGGACACCUUGAGACGAGAAUCGGGUUGACAGCAUCAGCUCCUUGAGGCCCUGGAGGCCCUCCAUCCACUUGAGCUGCCAUGAACACUACCACACUUUCUUGCCCCUCCCUCCCUUCAUUGGGCAAAGGGCCUUGGUGGUGCCCAGCAUUGGCCCUGCUUGCCACUGAAAAACAGGUCUUUCAUAAAACUUGGUCCACCUGCGUCUCUGGCAGAUGAGUUGAGGAUGGCCCCAAGGUAAAGGAGAGGCUUUGGAAGGGGGUUGGGUGGGCUCGCCUGGCCUAGAGGGCUGAGGCCUGACCCUGCUGUAAAGGGUUGUCUGACUAGGUUUUGCUGCCCACCCAUUUGCCCUUUACAAGUUUUUGACUCUGGAUGUCAAGAGUUGUCUGGGACUUUCUCCACUGUAGGUUGGGAGAUGCUGGUCCCUGCCAGUGGGACAGCAGAAAGACAGAAGCAAAACUGAUGUGCACUUUAUGGCUUGGGACUGAUUUGGGGACGCUGUAUAGUGAGUGAAGCAUGGCCUUUGUGUCGCAUUCUCUGGCCCUAGAACAGUGAAUCAAAGCUUCUCUAGUCGUCUCAACCCUUUAAGCAAUAUGUGUUAUCAACUCAGAGUACAGAAGUGCAAUGUGAUGGGAGGGACACGGCAAUAUCUGCUCCUUUUUUUGAGUUGUUUGAGAAUCGCAGACUAUUUUUUCAGUGUAUAUCCACUCAGAGUUUGUGUAUUUUUGAUGUGCACUGUUCUCCAAGUUCUGAACCUUUGGGAAAAAAAAAAAGUAAAGCAUUUAUGAACUUUUGAAAUGAGUCAGAGGUUAACUUAUUUAAAGGAGGAUGUACAUAUAUUCUAUGAUUAGGAUGCAUGCAAUUGUAUUGAAAGUGUCCUUGGUGCCUUGUGUGAUGUAGACAAUGUUACAGUGUCUGCAUGUAAAUGGGCUGCCUUACUAUGGAAAAUAAAAUCACACUCUGGAUUUAGUCCGGCUGUAUAUUUCUGCCUAUUAAUAUUUGGAUUUUUUUUUAGAAAGUAUAUUUUUGUAUGCUCUGUUUUGUGACUUAAAAGUGUUACCUUUGUAGUCCAAUUUCAGAUGAGAAUGUAAAUAAUGUUAUUGGAGUUGACUUGUUUGGCUAUUAGCUCUUAAUA